AUGGGCGAGAGUGAAAGGAGCUCCUCCUCGGAGUCCCAGGAAUGGCUGCGCUGGGUGGCCGUGCUCACGCGGCUCCGUGACUUCGGGAGACACAUGCAGGGAGGCACCGCGAGCUUCCCUGCUUCAUGGAAGAGGCUCUGCACAGAGGACGCUCAGGGCACGCUCCUCGGGCCAGCGACGGCGCCAGCUGUCAUCAGCUCUCAGCUCCUCUGUCAGCCUCCCAGGGUCAGAUGGGCCUAUGCUCCCCGGCUCAGGCAGCCCGUACCCCUCUCACACGGGCAGGUGCUCCCCCUUCAGGCACCUGCGCACAGGGAAGGAAGCAAAGGUGCCACCCACUCGGAAACUGAAGAGCUGGGGCAGGCGGAGCAGGGCUGGUUUGCAGUGCUGACCUACAGGCCAAGGUGCCCUGGGAGCGUAGGCCACCGGGCCGGGGCUACAGCUGAAAAGGCUGCGCCGGCCAGGAAGAGCAGCAGCCUGGAAGCCGAGCUGCCCCACAGCCAGAGAAGAGAGAGGAAAGCAGAGAAGCUGCUCCACGGGCCUGAGAGGACAUGGAGACAGCACGCUCCCAGGGAACAAAGGGAAUGCACACUUGCACCGGCUUGCACAUGGAGGAUCUGCACUAGAAGGUGGGCACCUCCCAGGGCAAGCAGGCUGCUCUCCUGGGAGACACAUGCCUUCGGAGAAAAAGUGAAGAAAAAAAAAUUUCCUCUGGGUUUAUACCAUCUUAGCCCGCAGAGAUCACACUUUCAGGAAAGUUUGUUGGCAAAUGGAUUGUCAUGUGGGCUACGGCGUGAGCUGUCCAGGGGCGACUUUCACGGAAGACGCGGCAGGCCCUGGGUCGGGCUGCCCUGCACAGGCUCCCUCCCUCUGGCCCAUGCCCUGCCCUUUCCGUCUCCCUAG